AUGCAACUACACGGUGUGCCCCACGCCCGAAUUCCAGUCGGUAGAUGGCUUCGAACUGACCACAGUGGGUUCCCAGCAGAGCUGGCAAUGUGCCUCGGGCUAUGGAGGCCAAGCGGUGGAAAGUUGUCCGAUCUACGUCGACCCUUUGAACAGCUCCAACUGCACCAGCAACACCGUGCUGGUGGGUUGUCUCCCAGUGGUGGGUUGUGUCAAGCCAUCGGCGGACGAGUGCGUCUACAACACCUCGGAAUGCGACAACUUGGGGCCGGGCCAGUUCUGCGUCCUGCGGUGUCAAACCAACUACGAAGGUACAUCCACUGGAGGCUAUUGCUUGGACUCCAACACCAAUCCCAACCGCUUGGUGGAAUGGACCCGACCCAGCUGCAGGCAGAUGAUCUUGUUGGCACCGUCAUAUGCCGGAUGGUUUGCCCAGAUCCCGUUCCAAUGCCGCGGGGCUACUGGAGAAGCAACGUCACCGGCUUCCUGGAAUGCGCACCUGGAUUCUGGGGCAGUGCCAAUUCCUUCUGUUCGCGGAAAUUCCCGGGCUGCGACAUCGAGACCACGCUCUUCGGGUGCUAUGAGCUCUUCCCCUGCGUCUUUCCGGAGAUCGAUCCAUGCAUCUACGACUACGACCCGACCGUGCAGCUUUGGGGAGGCGAGAGCCUGACGAUCCAAUGCAAACGGCCUUACAGGGGCUUUCAAUCCACAGCGAUGUGUCCACCCAACAAUUUGGAUGCAACCAGAGCCUUCAUGUGGUUUCCGGGCGAUUGUUUCUGCCCUGAUCCAUGUCCCAUUCCUCCGGGAUAUGUCAAAACAGGGCCGGGCUACGACAACAGGGUUUGCGGACAGGGCUACACGGGCACUUCCCUGCUGCAUUGCGGAAGUGAGAGCAAGUGCCAGGAAGUGCCGUUGCUGUCGGGCUGCACGAAAGCGGUUCCGUGCGCUCGUUUGCCUGGCGCCCAGUUUACAUCGGCCAAGUGGUCCCCAAGAGACAACGGCGAUGAGAACGCCCAGCCGAUUCUACAAGGUGAGUUGAACUGCAUCCUGGACUCGUGCAACGCCACCGAUGAGAUUCCGGUGGGGUACGUGAAGACGCACGAUGGCUGGAGGUGCGACGAAGGUUAUGGCGGAACGCCUGCAGUGCAUUGCGGUUUUUCACCUGCUGGAGCAUUCCAGGGCGGUAGAGGUUGUGGAUUCGAGAUGCAUCCCAGCGGCUGCAAACCCUUGGUUCCCUGCGUGCCUCCCUCAUCUCUGGAGGGAUGCAAAUACGACACCUCGAGCUGCGGCUCAGUAGUGCCAGGCCAAGAAUGUCAGCUAAAAUGUCGAAAACCCUACAGCGGUCUGGGCGUGUUCGCCGCCUGCCCCGGCGACAACACAGAUCCCACACAGGAAGUGAUUUUGCCCGUUGGCUCCUUCUUGGAUUGUGACUGUCCAGCCCCUGCGCCGGAGUUCGUUCCAGCGGGCUACAUGCAGAACACAGAGGGCGAUUGGGUGUGUGGCCCAGGUUUUGCAGGAACGGCCGUGAAGCGUUGCGAACGCCCGGACACAUGUUUGGAUGAACCAGAGUUUUUGGGAUGCUUCCCACUGAAGCCAUGCAUCAUUCCGGACGUGGAUACCUGCAUGUUCGACCUCUCCGACUGCGUGAACGUGAUGCCUGGUGAGACCUGCAGCAUCUAUUGCGUGCCGCCCUACAAACAGGACCAGGUGCAGAACGCCACAUGUCGACUUGGAAACAUCGACCCUUUGCAGCCCAUUGAGUGGGAGAUUGGCAGGUGUGACUUGGAUUGGGAGGAUUGCAAAGAUCCACUGCCCUUGCCGGUGGGUUAUGAAAAGAGAUCCGAUGGAUUCCAUUGUGCCGCUGGUUAUGUGGGAGCGGUAGAGGUGUCUCCCACUGUGCAUUGUGGACCUUGGGCUAACUGCGACUCGACGCCCAAACUCACAGGCUGCUUUCCAUUGGAGUCCUGUCGUCCUGUGCGCUUUGACGAUUGUGCCUACAACACCUCUCAGUGCCCCUAUGAUUUCAAGCCGGGACAAGAAUGUCAAGUCACUUGCAAGGCGCCCUAUGUGGGACCGCCUUCGGUGGCCAGAUGUAGCAGUAACAACAUUGAUUGGCAGGGCGCCUUCGAAUGGGUAGCCUCGGAGUGUUUCUGUCCCAACCCGCGGACGGUGCCGGAAGGCUACUUCCAAAACGCUUCCGGCUGGUUCUGUGACACCAACAACAGCUACACGGGAGAAGCAGAGGUCGUAUGCAGUCAGCCUGGGUUUUGCCUUGCGGAGCCCAUGGUCAUCGGCUGCCAGAAAUCGGGUCCGUGUGUCGCACCCCUCUUGGACCACUGCAUGUUUGACGCCAGCAGUUGCGAUGGCGUGGAGAUCGCCCGGCAGUGUGUCAUCUCCUGCGCUGCGGGAUUCAUUGGCGCCUCCACCACAGCCUUCUGCGAGAAUCCGGGUGGACAGUUUGGUCUCCAGUACACCGAACCCAGCUGUCGCUUGGACUUUUGUCCCGACCCAGCUGUGAUGCCCGGCUACCUGUGGAACACCAGCGGCUGGUUCUGCGCUGAUGGUUUCGAGGGCUCAGCGCAGAAGCUCUGUUCGCACGACGGCAGCUGUGCGGUCUACAGUUGGCUCAGCGGCUGCACGCCCAUCCGCACGCCCUGCAGCCUCCCAGCGCUGGGCUGCAGGUAUGACGUGUCCAACUGCAGUGCCAUCACUCCGGGUGAGUACUGUGAAGUGAAGUGCGCCGCCCCCUUCGCUGGGACCCCGUCCCGGGCGGUCUGUGCCCCAGUCCACAGCAGCGAGGGUCGCCCAGGCGGCCCAAGCAGCCCACCGGAGGAGCUGCUUCUGACACUGCCGUACUGCGAUUUGGAGGGCUGUCCUGAUCCGGAUCCCAUUCCGGUGGGCUACCAGCGCGUGGGCGAAAUCUUCACCUGCACCGAAGGAUUCGUGGGACAGGCGAUCAUGCAAUGCCGUGAGACGCAACCGUGUGAGCAUGUCUUGACUUUGAGUGGUUGCACCAACGCCACAGAAAUCGCCAUCUCUUUGGCUCAGCUCAUAGAGGCACCAUCGCAGCGUGACUUUUCGCCAUGCCAAGCUGGGGAGGCAUGUGGAGAACCUGAUGAUGUGUCAGAAGGCUAUGACAAGUUUCUGGGAGAAUGGCGCUGCUCCGUGGACUUUGCCGGAUCUGCUGGAAUUCAAUGCUCUGCACGACGGAACUGUCAAUCUACACCGACGCUCAGCGGCUGUGUGCCGAUUGAGGCAUGUCUUCCCAUCAUCGCAGAUGGCUGUGAUAUCGAUGUCUCUGAUUGCACGGGGAUCCCAGACAGAGCAUCUGAUGCAUGGCAUGCGGCGACAGCACAGAUGGAUCCCUACACCGGGCCCUCAACCUAUGGCACCUGCCCAGAGGGCAACAUCAACACCAGCGAAGUGCUGACGUGGAGUCGUCCACAGUGCGCGUUGACGAACUGCCCUCAGGGCCUGGUGGUGCAGGAUGGAUACAUCAAGGACAGCAUCCUGGGAUGGAUUUGUGCCAACGGCUUCAAAGGAGAUGCUUCGGUGAACUGUUCCAUCAACGAUGCCUGCGAGGCAGAAUGUGUCUAUGGCGGCUGCCAUCCCAUCGAAGUUUGCCAAGCCCCACCGAUCGACGCUUGUCGUUUCAACUGGACCGACUGCGAUGGGAUUUUGCCGGGCCGCAGCUGCUACGUGAGCUGUAUGCCGCCGUACUUGGGGCAACGCACCAUGGCCAACUGCCGCGCCACCGUGCCCCUGGGGCCCAAUUUGACCAGCACCAGCCCACCGGAGCUGGAUUGGACACCGCCCAUCUGCCAAUGUCCAGAAGCUUCACCAGCACCAGGGUACACGAGGGUCAUAGAUGCCCCGGAAGAAACCUGGCAAUGCGAUGAAGAAUUCGGAGGAUCAGCGGCAAAGCGAUGCCAGCGGCCUUUGGAAUGCUUGGAUGCCCCUGAGCUCUUCGGCUGUUUGCCGCUGCAACCCUGUGUGCCACCGAUUAGCACCGCCCGCUGCGAACCCCUGGACAUGUCCAAUUGCUCCGAGGUUCCUCCUGGAGAAAGCUGUGAGGUCCGUUGCGUGCCACCCUUUGUGGGAGCUCCAAGUAUUGCCUCCUGCCCGGCCGAAAACCUGAUCCUCAAUCAGGUCUUGACGAUGCCAGUGGAGCCCUGUGUUCUUGGCUGUAAAGAUCCCCCAGUGCAUCCUGGAUAUCAGAAGAGGGGAGAAGACUGGCGAUGUGACAGAGAGGAUCGGUUCAAUGGCACGGCCAAUGUCUUUUGUGAGUUGGAUGAAAGCUGCGACUCGAUGAAGAAGUUUGAAGGCUGCAUUCCCACGACCAGGCCUUGCCUGGCGCCUCCAUUGGACCUCUGCCAGUACGACGUCUCCGACUGCCUCAGCGUAGCGCCCAACUCCAGUUGUUUCAUCGGCUGUGCUGGGAACUAUGCAGGGCAGCCAGUGGAGGCAAUGUGUCCUGAAGGCAAUGUGCAAGACAAUGGCCUGAAAUUCACGGCUCCCCGCUGCGUCGCGGAGGAAAUCGACUGUCCCUUGCCGGCGGUACUGCCAACAGGCUACAAGUUGGACGGCCGCGACGUGGUCUGUGAAGAUGACUAUGUGGGAUCCUUCGUGUCACAUCGAUGUGGCCACGACGCACAGUGCAACAAGGUCUUAGAGCUGACGGGCUGCGUGAAACCUGUGAAGUGCUCACCACUGAAGAUCGAGCCCUGCGAACGCGACAACUUGGGAUGUUGGGAUGUGGAGGCUGGAGGAUCAUGUUCCAUCGGAUGCAAACCGCCCUUCUUCGGUCCGUCGUCCUUGGCAUCGUGCCCUGCGGGCAACACGGAUCCCACCACGCCGUUGGAGUUUGACCUGAUAUCAUGUCUUUGUUCGGAUCCGCCGGUGAUUCCAGAUGGAUAUUCUCAAGACAUUUUCGGCCAGUGGUCCUGCGACCCAGGCUAUGCCGGCACGGCCGAAGCGCGCUGUCGAGUGGGCGAGACGUGCAUCGCAGACUCUGAGCUGGUGGGCUGUGAGAAACUGGAGCCCUGCCGCGACUUGACACCCACCUCUUGCGACCAAGACGUCUCGGAUUGCACUGAUGUUCAACCAGGUGGAACGUGCUUCGUCACCUGCCGCCAGCCGUGGACAAGCAUCGAAAGUACAUUGGGAACCUGCCCCGACGACAAUGUUGAUCCAAUGCGCACCGUGACAUGGACGCAUCCAACGUGCGAGCUCCGCUGUCCUGCGCCAAAUCCCAUGCCAGAUGGCUUUGUGUGGGAUGAAGCAACCAGAACUGCCAGCUGCAAAGAAGGUUAUCUUGGCCCUGCAUCCACGGUUUGCAUCGUCAAUAACAUGACGUGCGAGGUCACGACCUUCGUCUCAGGCUGUCAGAAGCUGAUGCCAUGUUUGCUGCCGCCGGUGGACCCGUGCAGGGUCAAUAUGACGCAAUGCAGGGAUGUGAUGCCUGGGGAGUCCUGCCGACCGCGUUGUAUCCAGCCUUUUGAGUUGUACGGCCCGGCAGCGCUGGCGCGAUGUCCGGAGAAUAACCUGCUGCCAGACGCGGAACUCCAGUGGCUGCAAUUUCCGAACUGCUCGGUGUUUGAAUGUGAGGAUCCAUCUCCGGUCCCUGCAGGCUAUGCCUUCGGCAUCAAUGAAAACGAUCCGGUGGCGGUGGGACACGGAAUACCACGCUGGUAUUGUGCUCCCGGAUAUGUUGGCAUCGCAGAACGCGUCUGCAGUGGCAACGCCACCUGUGGAGUGGUGGCCUUCCUGUCGGGCUGCUUGCCCAUCAUUGCCUGCCGAGCUCCAGUGGUGGACACCUGUCGUGUGGAUGACUCACGAUGUGGCAGCAUUCGACCUGGAAGCCGCUGCACAUUGUCGUGUCGCCCACCAUUCGUUGGAGCUCAAACCGUUGCCUCGUGUUCUGUGAGGAACACGGAGCCAGACGGCUUGCUCUUCCGAAGCCCUAUAUGUACGCUGCCAUCGAACUUUGACCCGAUCCCCUUAGACACUGGCUUUUCGAGUACGUACGAAGGGUAUCGCUGUGGAGUGGGAUACGCAGGGCGCAUCCAAACAGUAUGCCGAAUGCAAGCAGGGUGCCGAACCACUACGUAUCCAGUGGGCUGUGCGCCGCCGGUGCCCUGCAAAGUUGGCAACUUCCAGGAUGAAGAUGGUCGCGGAGGUUUCAUCGCAGGAAACAUCUCCUUUGGCCGUGCUCAGCUGGACACCAUGCUCAAUGCCGGACAGGCUCGGGACUUCCGAUCCAACACGCCAUUGAGAUUCAGUGGCAAGGGCACCAUUUACGAGGAUGAGAUCGAUAGCUACGAUGUGUACUUCGUGGACUCGUGCAACCGCACCUUGGGAAACGCCUUGACUUCAGUUGCAAUCAAAGACGCCACAGAUCAGAUCCUGUGCUGCGACGAAACUGUUUACAACAUUUCUUUGGUGGACCUGCGGAUGACAGAAGAAGUCAAGGGGCUGGCCGUCAUAGCCAGGAUUCGCAACUCUUUGGGCUUGGAGCCUUCAGUGAAUUACUGGGUCGUCACCAUCGAGGAUCGCAUCGACCCUAUCACCAAUGCGGCGAUCCGAAUGACCCAGACUGCCGUGGUAUCUUCGAAUGCGGAGCACCGCCAUUUUUGUCGCGAUGCGGUGCUGCCAUACUGAACCAUCCAUGUCAUCCCAUCCUUAUAUUCCCCGGCCAAGGUAGCUUGGCUCCUGGGAGCCUUCUUUCUGAGCUGAGAUGUCGACAACGUCUCUGUACGCGCAGGUUCCAAAGGAACAGCUGGCGGUAGAAAUGCAGUCACUUGCCGUGCAAGUCAAAGAAACAGAUGCAUGCGACUCGACAAAAGCCAACUUUCUUUUCGGGCUCGACCUGCGUCUCAGACAGUCUUGAAGGCAGGAAGACUAUCC